AUGCCCAAGAAGCCUAGCCAGGCCGUUGCACCUGCGGAAGGGCUCGAACCCGUUGGCUUGAGCAUCAGCGAUCCCAACACCCUUGUGCUGGCCCUGGCCUCUCCAGACCAGGCCGUCGUGAGCACCUCCUGUGAUGCCUUGGAGAAAUUUGCCUCAAAGUCCGACGGUAACCGCGAGCUUGUGUUGCAAGCGGGGGCGGUGCCCAAGAUUCUCAAGCUACUGCAUCAUGAGAGCGAUGAGAUCAAGCAGCAGGCUGCCAUGGUCCUCGACACCCUCCUGGAGCUCUACAAGACGCGUCUCGUUGCCCGGAAAGAGCAUCUCACCCCUCUCAUCGAGGGCCUCAAGCUAUGCCUCGAGCCAACUGCCACUGUGGUGAUGCAGGAAAAUGCCUUCGGCUGCUGUGCAUCGCUGACGCUCGAGUACACGCUUCGAAGAUGCCUGUACCGUGAGCAACUACUGAGCACGGCCGUCAAUGCGCUCGGCACGACCGAGCCCGUGCUGUUACGUAAUGCACUGCGCUGUUGCGCCCACCUCUUGGCCGAUCACGACGCGCGCCAAGACUUUCACACUACGGGCGGUAUCCCGCGCCUCACCGGCCUGCUGGAGAGCGACUACAGCGAGGUCCAGCGCCUCGUCCUGCGCAUCAUCGGUCAAGCUUGCCUGGCCACGGAUUCUCGCAAUGCCUUCUACGAGGCGGAUACCCUAGAAACCAUCAUUCAAUUCGUCUCGAAAGAAGAGCACAAGGCCGCACAUGUGGAGGCGCUAUCUGCUCUCACGUCCAUGUUGUUCGAGCAAGAGGGUUUGGACCGCGUGUGCCGCCAUGGUCCUGAGGGCCAAGCUCCUCCAAUUUGUACAAUGAUUCACUACUUGCAGAGCGACGUAUCCGAGGUGGUUGCGGGUACCCUUCGCUGCUUUGCGCGAGCAGGGGCCUCUCCGGAAGUGCGACGCGUCCUGUUUGAUGCCAAGGUGGAGGCGGAAAUUGUGGUCCUCAUUCUUCCCGUGGACCCAAAGCAGCCCAUCAAUCCAGCCAUCAGCACACCCGCCUGCGAUGCUCUGGCGUCACUGGCCCGGGGCAAAUCCAACGCCGAAGCCAUCAUUCUGCAUCAUGGCGUUGUCCGGCUGACAAAAUUGUUUGCGAGCACAGAUCCUGCCUUGCUGGAAGCUGCUGGUCGCGCCGUGGCGGCUCUAUGCCACGAUAGUGAAGGCGCGCGCAAGCAAAUUGCUGAAGCCCAUUGCCUCGGGCGAUGGCUAGAAAUUCUGAACACCUUGGCGUGUCGUGGAGCUCACGCCGGCAUUUGUGCCGCGAUCGCAGCGGCCGUCCAGGACGCGUCCAUCACACACGAUGACCUCAUGUCCACGCUCGUGCAACAGCUCAAUGCUGACUAUGAGGGUGCCGAGGCGGCCCAACUGCACGCGCUCAACGCUCUGAGCGUGCUUCUCACGUCAAUGACGCGACGCCGUGAGCUACUUGCUCUGAACGCUGAGCCUGCUCUCUGCCGCUUGGCAGCGACGACGAACGGCGACCUGCGUGUGGCGGCUUGCCAACUCAUUACCAUGGCCGCACCAUUACCUCCGCUAGCCAUGAGCAUGUUUCAGGCCGGUCUGCUGCGUGUGUUGACGCGUGUCAAUGCUUCGCUGCCCUUUCCUUCGCUGGCAGCCACUCGAGCGCACGCGGCCAUCUUACAGUAUAGCCCGACCGCCAAGUACGCCCUCACGGGCCGCUUGGACAUGCGCGACCGCCUAGAUGGCAUUUUCUUCGAUGCGGGUCAAAAGAAAGAUGCCACGCUUCUGUUAUCACUUGAGCAAUAUCAACAACACGACAUUAAUGCCCGACGGCCGAUCAUCGUGAUCAACGCAGUGCGUACCAAGCAAAAGGGAGAUGUCCGUCCUGUAGAUACCGACUUGAUUCGGUUCGUCGAAGCCUUUGAGCAGUCCAUGGCGCUGGUGGAGGACCUGACUCUUGCGCACAUUUCGCGACAGCUGGCUCAAAGCAUCGCCUCUCGAAUGGGUGGACCAGUCGCGAUUCACGAUCUGGCAAAAUUUUCCAACCAUCUACACGUGGCCGAGCUGAAGGAGGCCGUGGGCAGCAACGUGGUGUCCAUUGGCAAGUUUGGCAAGGGCAGCUACGCUGAGCGCUGCCUCAUGUUUAAGGCAGUCAUGGAUAUGAUGGGUCACCCAUCUGCCUUGGUUCGCGGGGCAUUUCAGGAUGCCUACAACGUCGUGUCUAUUGACGACGGGCUGUACGUCGUGGAUGUCAUGCACUCCCCAGGCCAAUUUGUAGCUCUAUCCAACCUUGAGCAGCUCAAAACCUGGCGUCCCUUUGCCCAAACACCAAUCUACGCCACGGAUCAGCAAGAGCAUGGGAUGAAUGCGCCAUUCUCAAGCAAUUCAACUGCCGAGCUUGUUGCUACUCCUGUAAACAACAACAACGACAACAACAACAACAACAACAACAACAACAACAACAACAACAACAACAACAACAACAACAACAACAACAACAACAACAACAACAACAACAACAACAACAAACCAAAAAUAAAACUGCUUGACACUUUUGAAAAGUCAAGGCAAGGAAGGACACGACCAUGGCAGCAGGAAGCCCGACAUACACACUUAUCACGGGUGCAAACCGCGGUAUUGGGCGGCAAGUGGCUGUGGAUUUGCUACAAAUGGGACGUGCUAUUGUGGUAUCAGCGCGCUCACAGCAUCCGAACGGCCGCAACCGAGCUGCGGGCACAGCAGGUCCAGCUGGACACCAUCCUGAACAACGCGGGCAUAUUCGAGGAGGGCUGGACGGCCUCUGCUUUUGAGCGACACAAAACCACCAACUUUCUGGGUCCUGCGCAUGUCGUACAGCACAUGGUUCCGUUGUGCACGCCUGGGUCACAUGUGCUCAACGUUGUCAGUGGCUACGGACAGUUGACAUGCAACUUUGAACCCUACGUCUCGCGACUACGACGGGCGGCCAGCAUCGAUGAACUCGCUAGCUUGGAAUUCGAGCCCAAUGAGGAGUAUCAAAAGGUCAACGUGCCCGCCUAUCGUCUGACCAAGGCCAUGUUAAUCCGCGCUACACAGCUCUGGGCUAUGGACUCUGCCAUGCAAAAGCAGCGUAUUUGCUUUAGUUGCGUCUGCCCUGGCUGGGUACAGACGGAUAUGGGCGGCCCGCAGGCGCAUCGCACGGUUGAGCAAGGUGCAGGCUCGCUUAUGUGGCAGUUGCGACGGAUGCAACAGGCGCCGGAACAGGCCUACGAGGAGCUCAACGGUGCAUUCUUUCGCGAUGAUCGCCGUCUCGAGCCCUGAGCUGUUGAGGCCGGCUUUCGAUUGAAUGACCGCACUGUGGGUCAAGCAAGGCUCAUAUAGUCCAGAAAACCCAUGUCAGAGUUUAUCAGCAAUCGAGAAGAAAAAAAACACACACGUCACACGUUGGUCGGAGCAAAGAUGGGGCGCGUAGCGCCUGCCUGUGGAGGCAAAAACACAAGAGGUCAAGAAGGUCGGGUGAGGGAGAUUUUUUUUUUUUAAACAACCAGCAAGACAAAGUCCCGCCCGUCCCCAACCACAGCCUGGGGGCAAAAGGGGGGAAGGGAAAGCGCAGCCAGGAUUUAAUCUCGCUUGGCUUGUCGCGCUUUGAUUAGCUGCUCUUCCUCGGCCGUCGGUGUCAAGAACUUGUCACGCUGCUCUCGAUAGAUUUGGCGCAGCGGUUGGAAGCAAUGAUCCUCGUAGCCGUAAUCGUGGAAGAGGGCAAAGUACACGAUGGACCCGACGAGCAAGACGGGCUGAGCACGGCGCGAGCGUCGGAUCCAAGACUCUGACAGAAUUGGGGUGUGAAGUUCAGGCGCCACGGCCUUGCUCUUGGCGUCCAUGAUUGGGCAGUGCUUCAGCUGAUGGAGGAACGGCCUCGAGCUUUUUUUUUUUUUCUUCUGCCAAAUCGUACCACACCAAACCCUCAAAGCCCGCCCUUGAGCAGCUGCAGGAAGUAAGCCGCUGCAAGCGCACCGAAGCACCGAGACACCGCACGACCACUUGAGC